AUGGCAUUGCGACGUGGCGCAGGACUAGCAGCCUUUGAAAGACAUAAAGCAGAUAUCCAGUCAUAUGCAACACUCUCUGAAUCGUUAUCGCGACAGUCACUGGACGCUCUGCAAGCCCAACUGGACUUAUUUCGAACAACACUAAAGCGAUUUGCUGCAUCCCAUCGUGAAGAUAUCAGAAAAGAUCCUGCUUUCAGGGCAUCCUUUCAACAAAUGUGUUCAGCCAUCGGUGUGGAUCCCCUUGCGGGUCCGAGUAAAGGAGGCUGGUGGGCAGAGUUACUAGGAAUGGGGGAUUGGCAAUAUGAACUGGGAGUUCAAAUUGUGGAUAUAUGUGUAGGAAUGAGGGAUAGGAAUGGAGGGAUGAUUGACAUGGAUGAGUUGGUGCUGAUGCUGAACAAGCUCAGAAGCAUCCCAAGUCAAGACUCAUAUGGGAGCUCAGCAAAGACACAAUCUAACUUAGGCGCUGUCACAGAAGAAGACGUGCUCAGAAGUAUCAAGACUCUUAAGCCACUCGGCGCGGGGUAUGAAGUCAUCCAACUAGGAAGCAAGAAAAUGGUCCGGUCAGUUACUAAAGAGCUGGACCAGGAUCAAGCAAAGGUUAUAGAGAUUGCAGCAUCUGCCGGAGGAAAGGUGUGGGUAGACUUGGUGGCUGCAACUGCCGGGUGGCCAAUGGAGAGGGCUGCGGCAGUAUUGGAGAACAUGCUUCUGCGCGAUGGCUUGUGUUGGAUGGACGACCAAGAUGAAGAUGCUAUCAUUGCGUAUUGGGUGAUGCCAGUACUCCAGUGGGAAUAG